CGCCCCCUACCGACCACCCACCCGCCGCCUCAGUUUCCUCCUAACGCCGCUGCCGCUGGUGUUUCUCAGUCGAGGAAAAACAAAAACAUGUCCGAGUCCGACAGGAUGAACCUUCAUUAGAUCCAGCCCUCUGCUGUCACCUCAACAAGUCGUCGAUUUGACCGACUGCUAUAUGAUUCCCGUCGUGUUAUCGGCCGAAAACCCAGAAAGAUGCCGCAGAAAGCACUGGGAUCCAUUGUAGGUCUUCUUUGUACCGGGACGUGUCUGGUGCAGGGGAAGGAGUUCUGUUUCGGGGUAAAUAAUGAACAGUACCGCUGUGAGAUGGGGUACUGCUGUGGCGAGACAGAGUGCUGCACUUACUACUAUGAGCUCUGGUGGUUCUGGUUGGUGUGGACCCUGAUCAUCAUGUUGAGUUGCUGCUGUGCCUACCGACACCGGAGGGUUAAGAUGCGUCUGCAGCAGGAGCAGCGUCAACGUGAGAUCAGCCUCAUGGCCUACCAAGGAGCCUCCAGCUCCUUCAUCUCCCCUCCGCCUCUCAAUCUGAGGUUCUGGAACGACUGUAAGCUUCCCGACUACGAAGAGGUGGUCGGCCACCCUCCGACGCCGCCUCCCCCUUACUCUGAAAACCCUCCGGAGUCGACUCCCGCUCUCCCUCCGCAAGUCAACCUGCCCGACUCUUCCUCUGCGCCGCAACGCCCGUCCGAGGCGGAUCCGGCAGCGAACAGCCAGGUCUCGGACUCGUCUUCGGACCAGGAGGCGGCGUCGCUCCCGAUCCAAGUGCAGUGUGUGGUGGAAGGGAACGGCGAGGCUUUGCUGGCGGCGGCGGAGGAGGAGGAAGACGAGGAGCUCGUCACUCGGCGCCGGCACGUGACCGGCGACUCAGGGAUUGAGGUGUGCGUUUGCCAGCUGGACGUGGACGAGGGCUCGGGGCUCGAGGAGGAGAGCGACGAGGAGCGCCGGAUGUGCAGCGGCGCCGACAGGGAGUGCUGCUCCGGGCGCCAGCAGCAGACCUUCGGGCAGAAGGAGCACACCUCGGAGCUGCCCAGCCAGACCACCACCACCAGCACCAGCGCCGGAGACCACAUGGUGUGAUUUAGAGGUCAACGACAACCAGCCGACCAGCGCACUUCCCUUGAUCAAAAAAAAAGGGCAAUAGCUGUUGUCAUCAUCAUUACGACAGGGACUGUCUAUGUUUUAAUUCUCUGACCUAACACAUAGGCAUGACAUGAAAAUGAGGGUGAUAACUAAUCUUUAAUGGCUCCCGAUUAGGAAAGAUAAUGACGACGUGUGGAAGAACUCCUGGCUUAUUUUGCUUCGCUUUUCUUAGUGGGGGAACCAGCAAACACGCAAUCUUGCUCCGUUUGUUUUUUUUUUUUUUUUUCUUCUCAGUACUAAGAACAUCGGCGGGUAGUGAGAAGGCAGCAAUUGAUUGUGAAACCAGAACUGAUUCGUUUCCCCUGCCCUCUCCUUCAGCAGUGCUGUCAUGUCUCCGUCCCUUUCGCUCUCCUCGGGGUCUGAACAUUUCCGGCCAUCGUUCCAUCUGACAUUUACCUCCGGUGGGGUGGUCAUUCAGGAGCGUGCCAGCCUGGUCAACCACUUUUCUCCCCCCGUCCCCCGUAUGGCUAAGCAGAUAAGUCAAAAGCAAAACUAUUUAAAUACCUAGUGUGAUACACGAUGAAUCUUUAAGAGACUGCGUUCAGUUGUCCCCCAAAGCUGCGUUUGUGUACGAGUGUCGGAGCGCCAUGAAAUCUAGGGCACAGCUGCACGGUGAUGUCAGCUUUGAGGUCAUGGCAGCCAGCGUCUGGUGUCUUCUGGUGUCUGCGGGACUUGUGCAGGGAGUGUGCGCGCUCGCACACAGCAGGAAAAGAGUUCAGCUCGAUGUCUGGCCCGGGUUUUAAAUGUCACACAAAACCUCUCCGGACCCUUCUACUUGAUAUCCAUAUUGUGGUCUCGCAGUCGAGCGGCCACCCAUCAGCAUGACGUAAGGGCUGCUCAGGACUCCAGUGAUUUAUUGAUGGGGGUGCGUGACAUCUCCCCGCUCAAGUUUCUGACCGCAUUUGAUUCAUAAUAAUAACCGAGUGGGUUAUGACACCAACUUGUUUUUUUUUUGUUUUUUUUUAAAGCAACAAAAAGUGGUGACUCUGUGUUUUUUAUUUACUUUGGUUUAUGUCUGAGGGAAUUUAUCACUCAGCUUCAAUGUUAACAUUGAAGGACACAUUUCGCUUUUUCUUUUCUUUUUUUUUUCCUUUUUAAUUUUAUAACAAGCUGCGCUUCAGCAAAUGCCACGGGUGUCACCGUUAAGUGCAGCGAGACGCUCGGUGGGCUGCUGGAGUGCGCGCCGCGUGUUUUUUGUGCAGCAGGGAAGGGUAGAGUUGUGUGUGUGUGGGUGUAUAUCUUAAAAGUUCUGGAGGAUUAACAGUUAAAAGCACUGGUGUUUUGCAUGAGGCAUGAUUUUUCUGUGUUUAUAUUUGAGUGCAGAUGUGGUUUGGAUAGGGUAAAAAAAAAAGAAAAAAUGGUUUAACUUGAGGUGUCUUGAUCUAGUUCCAGUUGUGUUGUUAUGACUGCGCGAGCUACGCCUUCCAGUCGUGCAGGUCUGUCAGCUAGUUAGACGGUGCUGCCUUGGCUUUUGGUGGCCCCUAUGGCUCUUGGCAGCGCGAGGGAUACGCGGUGGUAUUUUUCCGUUGGCAGCGGAGGUCCGGUGCAUUAGCAAGCGGAGCUGGAUGCGUGCUCUGCAGCGUGGCCUGUGCGUUGUCGGCGCACGGUCUAUUGCGAUCGACUGCAUGGCGUUCAGGAUUGCAUGUCGCUUGCCCAAUAUACUGUACGACGCUCGUUCCGGUCGUUGUCAAAUAGGAAAACCACCGCAGAGCAAAUUCAGUGCAUCUUACAGGAUGAAGAUUUGUGCGAGACGAGCAGAGACUGCUACAUUUUAGUUUGAAACAGUAAUUGACGUUUUUAUUUACAUGCUCUGAUAUUGUUUGUCGCUAUGGGCAUAGUGUAAAAGAGUCAGUCAUUCCGCUUCACACAAGCACACUCAUCCACAAAGCACUUGUUCUUCUUCUUCUCCUCAUGGGCCUUUAUCAGUGUCCUCAUUACCAUUAUAAACUUCAAUGUCCUAACUUCUUUCAAACACGGCCACAGACGCUAACAUUUCAAACUUGUCAGCUAGAUUCGUUCGGAUUGAUUGUCUGGCGAGUGUCUUUAUUUUCAGCCCCGCGGACCCUUGACAAGGACACAGUUGGAAAAAAUGUUGGCCUCUUGUCAAGAGAUGACACCGCGCAAGAAUACAUUUCAUUUUAGGGCCCGUGCAGCCAGAGUGUUUCCUUCUUUCCUUGCUCUUUUGGCUAAAGUGUAAAGGAAACGACAGCGGAGGGCCACUGCGCCGAACCUUUUCGGAAACACGGCGAGGACUCGGCUGGCUACGGUUUUCAGCUGAAAGAUUUAUUUUCAUGUUUGCCAUGUUUGCAGCAGCGGCGAAAGGCUCCUUUUAUUGCGUCGCCGAGCCAGCGCUUAAACGCGAAGCCGUACCAACAUGACGAUGACCCUUUCGGAGCAACUCUUAAACCGUGAGCAUGGCCGCAUGGCACACACCCAUUAGCAGAAGUAAUAAAAUCCUUUUUUUAUUUGAACACACCUCAAGCUGCCUUUCUGCAUUUCUAGAGAGCAAAUGUCCUUAUACUGCCUUAUUAGAGUAGACGUGGUAAAGUGGUUUUGUUACUGAUUUACUUUUUUUUUAUUAUUAUUAUUUUGGAAAACUUUGUGUGUUGCGAGCACGGCUGCUUUAAAGCGGAGGAGUGCUUUCUCUAUCGGUAAAUGGCGCGUUACGAGCAAGUGUCCUCGGUUUCUUAGAAAAGGAUGUGGUUUCUAAACAUUUUACAGCCACGGGUUUCGAAGAGUCACGUGCUCGCUCUGUACAGUUUUACGUAUAUAGGUUUUGUAGCGGAGGCGCGUUUGUGUUGACUUUAAAAAAAAUACUGUGUGUGUCUAGGUAGCUGUGGCACUGAUGGGAUUCGUCGAGAACCAGGUUGUUUGUGUCCGUGUGUUUCACAGAUGUGGUGGCUGUUAGUUGGUGAAGGUAACUUACUAGAAAGCAUGAGGAAGAUUAUUAGUUUUCUUUACCCACCCGUGGCUUCGUUGCGAUUCAGUUCAUCCACGUGUUGCGUUUGGAGAACGAGCUCCGACGGGUGAUCGCUUUGUAACCUUUCCGCUGAGGUGCGUCUUCGCUUUUUUUUUGUAUACUUACUUAUGUAGAAAAGUAAUAGUGAAGGGGAGGGAUGUGAGGACAACGGGGGGGAAGGGUAGGGCUUCUUUUUGUGCAUGAGUGAACUGGAGGUCCGUAGUUUUCCCAUUGCCAAACAGUUUCUACGCCUCCCCGGUUUUCACACGUUUACUGAGAGCAAGGGCUAUGUGAAUCGCUGAAUUGUUGACACGCACUCAUCCAUUUAUUCGUCGCUUGCUGUUCACGUGAAGCCACGGUUGCCGAGACCCAUUAUCUUAAACAGGGUCAGAAAUGUGGUCAUCGCUUGGGUUGGGAUGUAUGCUGUGGUAGAGCUCGUAUUUAUCCAAUAGCUGAUUGUAUACGACCGUUGUGCGUUUGUUUUCUAGGCUUCGACUCUGCCUUCUCCUUUUGUCGACCUCAACAACAGAGGUGCGUGAUGCAACAUGCCCCCCUCUCUCUCCCCCGCCACAAGAACUCGCUCACCGAAAACGGUUUUCACCUCUAGGACGAGUGUGUGUUCGCGCCGCUCCGUUGGCUCUUCUUGGACCGUGACUCCACCCUUUCGCCCGGCCGUGUCGUGGUUACGGAGGCCGUAGCCAACGCUGUUUUGUUUUCUCUCAGCCGCUUCUCACGCUCAUCUGAAAGUCCACGUCCACACGUGCAGAGUCGUCUCCAGAACAGCCGACCGGAGCCUUUCCCGUCUCCGCGUUCUCACCGCUGCGUUUGUUUUUUUUUUGUUUUUUUGUGCGGGGUUGUCGCACCGGCCUGUUUGCUUUCACACUCUCAGGGUUAUCUUCAACAAAGCAGUGCUAGGAUUUUUUUUUUUAAAUCAACACAUUCGACCCGCGAGUCCGAUAAAGCCAAAGCAGUUGAUUCAUGAUUAUCCUCUCCCCGCGCUUGUUUGAUAUUUCUUUCUGCAUCACGCGCCUCUGUAAACUCAACUAGGCUAUGCAAAAAAAAAAACAAAAAAACAAAAACAUAAACCUACUGUUAAAUGCUGCGACCCCUUUCUCACGUCCUCUGUCAUUUAUCUGUGGGCACCAGUACAAGCAAUAUAACUCUCAGUACUAUCAGCACUGCACUGUACUGUAAUCUUGGUCUGUGAAUAUGUAUUUGUUUAAGAAAACUUGUAAAAAAAAAAAAGACAAAAAUUGCUUGUAUUGCUUAUACAAUGACGUAUGUAUGCUUCAGUGUCUUUUGAGCGGCUUGUUUUAAAAAGCCAUUCAUAUAUUGUUUCUCUUCUUUUUGGCUUUUUACUGUCCAACCACUAACACUUCCUGCUCUUGACUUAUGGAUAAACCACAUUGUACAUGCUGAAGGAAAUAUAUUAUUAUUAUUAUUUUGGAUCACAUCUGUAUUUACCACUCUUCCAUCCCUCCUUUGUUUCCAUUGCACUCCUUCAUCCAUCGUGUUUGGUUUUCAUCUUUUUUCAUGAAUUUUCAGACUGAGUCUAUUUAACCGUAUAACGUACACAUGAAAGACCUCAACAUGGAACACAGCCGGCCUGCAUUUGACCAGCUCCUUUUAGCGACACUCGACACUGAAUCCGUGUUCAGUGUGAUUGUUUCUAUCAAACCUGUGAGCUGUACCUUUUUGUUUUUUUUUUAACUUCAACCAUAGAUAAUACCAAACAGGUGGAGGUGCCAUGGUUGAGCUACGUGGACUUUUUUUUUUUUUUUGCCAAAAUGAGAACCAUUCUAGUUUGACCAGGAAGCGUGCAUCUACAAACACGGACUCUUUCUACAUUGUGGUCCUAAUAACUUUAAACAAGCCAAAAUGAGCGAAGUGGAAAAAGAGAAAAAAAAAAAAACAAAACAAAACAAAUUGAAGCACUGACUGACUGACACAUAAAAAUGCUUUGGUUUUAGUAAGAAGUCUGCUGUGUACUCUUUGGGUCAUCAUUUGUAUUUUAUUUUUUUAAUAAAACCAACAUUGGCGCUCUGCUGA